CAAUAAAAUAAAUUAACGCUUAAAAUAUAUCGCGUUGUGUGUAAUACAUCUAAAUAAUAUGAGUUUUACUGAAAUAAAAUAAGUUUUAUUGAUAUUCUAAUUUUACUACGACUUUUAUUCUAUUAUCGCCUGGACCAGAACCCGGAAACGACAGUUAGUCAACAGCUCUACACGAUUCGGCAUCGCACGGAGAAGCGGGGUUGAGUCCGGGCAGUAUAAGCGCCGCUCCGCUGAUAAACCCGCGCUCUGAUAUCCCACGUAUCUCCCCGGUUCUCGUGGAGAUCGGCCCGAGUCGCGCGGACCCGCGGCUCUCGGCGGAGUGCGCGAGCAUGGCGAACUACCGGGCGUUUCACUCGCAGCUCGCGACCAUCAUGGAGACCCUGACCCGCGCGGCGGUGGCGGAGAUCUGCGAGCUCGUGGAUGACGGGUACGCGAUCCUGCACACGGAGAUUUCCCGCCACCAGAAGGAGAACGAGGAGCUGCGGCGGAAACUGCAGCUUAUCGAGUCCAUCGUGGCGGCGCGCGGGUUCGGGGACGAGCGGCUGCCCUCCCGCGAGAGCCGGGGCGACGGGCUGGUGUGCGAGGCUGUAGCCGUCGCCGCUGCUGCCGCCGCGAGCCGGAAAACCCGCGGGAGCAGAGAGCCCCCCUUCAUUCGCCGCGCCUUGUCACGUGAGUCAGAACAGCGAGGACCCGUUUCUGUGCAAGUGAAAGAAGAAGGUCAGGAGGCACGAGACGAUGACGACGAGGAUGAUGAAGACUGCAGCGAGGGAGUAGCCAUGCUCACAUCUAGUUCUGGUGAUGAAGAUGUGAUCGAACUCUCGGCGCAGGACGGCCCAUCGGACACACACUGCACUAACAGUGACGCUCACGUACACACACUGGCUGACACACACUCCCCAAACCCUCACCCUCACCCAAACACACUGGCAGACACACGUUCACACACUGAAGAGUCUCAGCACUCCAGUGUGGACCUCACAGCCUCAGACGAGCCUCUAUGUUCCUUUAGCACACAUGCAGACAUGCACCCGCUGGCUGAUGCGCAUGCUGACGCUGCGGGUCACGGGCGUCCGUUAUCAGAUAAGAUGAGUGUGAAGAGGGAGCCCAUGCUGUGUGAUGCUGAUCUGGACCUUUCUUUGGACUGGAGUUCACACCACCCCAUGCACAACACGCUUCCUCACUCUCACAUCUCUGCUGGAAUUAGCACAGACACGCUAACGGCUCACGGGUCCCCUCUCUACGCCGCGCAGCAUUUGGUGGCCCUCGGCAACGUGGCCGGACUCGGACUAUUCGGUGGGCGUGGCUCCCUAAGAGGUGGUGGACUUUCCGUCGGUGGUAAGAGACAUUUUAUCUGCUCAAUCUGUGGAAAGAGCUUUACCACAGCGCAGAGCCUGGACACACACAUGCGGAUACACACCGGCGAGCGGCCGUACCGCUGCGAGCAGUGCGGAAAACGCUUCACCCAGUCUGGCCACCUCACCGCCCACCAGACUGUUCACACCGGGGAGAGACCGUACGAGUGUACACACUGUGGAAAACGCUUCGCUGGGAAACAGUACCUGCGGAUACACACCAAGAAACACCACCCUGAGGAUACCAUGCAAAACUCACAUGCUAAUAUUUAAUAACUGAUUAGGGACUACACUAACAUAUACACAUACAGUAGCAACAAAUAAAAGUACACUGUUCACAUUUCUGCAUAUAUUUUAUUAUUAUUAAUGAUCUUUUCAUGGGCAACACUAUAGAAAUGAAACUGGAAUAUUAACAACAGUUAGCGUACAGCUUGUUUUGUGUAGCAGUUUAGAUUUUCUGUAAUUUACCGUGUUUUCCGCACUGUAAAGCCCUAUCCAGACAGGAUUAGUUUCUCAGGGAGACGUCUGUGAAAAAUACACUUUUACACCUCUACUCAGUGAUAAAACUCUUGCUUCCGGCUUUUAAUUGAAAAAACAGGAGGGCCAGUACGUUUUUUUUUUUGCUUUCUCGGUCACAUGACAUCACGUUCAGUAGCUCCUCCAUUUCCACUCGCUGUUGUGUUUACAUGGAUCUCUGUGGAAAUGUGUGCCCAAGGUAUAAUUACAGUGCAUAGCAGUGGACAAAUAGCUAUUUUAUUAAACCCGAGGUGACGAAACUCAGAGAUGUGUUUCUAGACGGGACUAAAAUUACUGGAGGACCACAGAUUUCAGCGAAAAAUAGUAGAUAAUUCAGCCUGUAAUUUUUUUUCAGAGGAUGUCUGAGAAAAAAAAAAUACAUGGUAGUUCCGGUAAUAAAAUCACAGAGGACCCUUCACCUUACAAAAACAUUUACAUCUAAAAAAAAACAUCUAAAUUGUACCUGCUGUAUUUUGUGUAUGGCCACUCUGCUCUACCCCAAACACCCCCUCCUCCAAAAUAUCACACUUGAGACAUUAAAUAAGUCUCAAGACAUGAAUGGCUGUGUUGAGUUAUUCGCAAAGCACAGUAAAUCUAUACUGUUGCACAAGCUGUACGCUAACUGCAGUAAGUUAUAUCCAAGUUUUACUUCUAUAGUAUUGUCCCUUAAAAAGACAUAUAAAAUAUACAAAUGCAAAAAUGUGAGGGGCGUGCCUAAUUUUGGGAGAUAGUGUACCAUGGUUUUUCAUAACUAUUGUUUUACAAUCAAAAACAUGCUAAUACACACUAAAUUCACACAUUAAAUUGACUAAAUUUAGAGUAAACCAGUUCAGUCAAAGUGGGAAAAAUGGAAGUGAAUCAGAUUUGAAACAUGACCUAAGGUGUCUGUGUUUAACUGUAGCUGUUAGGUGUGAGCUGUGUGUAAGGAGAAAUGAAGAAUUGGUCUUUAUGAAUUCCCAGCUGGUAAUGACGAGUGUGUUUACAUUGCACUGUUCAUAAUCGGAUUACUGCUAUUAUUAUCAGAGUAUUAAAAUAGUCAUAAACAGAAUACUCUGAUGUCUAAUAUUUUAGGCCUGCAAAUUAUGAUAGAGAUGGAUUUUAGCUCAGUAAUAGUAUUUUUCAGUGCAUUUGAACUCUUAACUCUUAGUAUUCUGGGAUGUCGCAGACCAUGGUAGUGGAAAUAAGUGAGCGCUGUUUAUCACAGCACUUGCCAGAUGGAGACAAAACACUUUAAGGAUGUAAAUAAUUGCCAUCUUCUGGCUCCUGGCUGUUUAUAGAGCAACUAUUGUUGUUCAUGUUAUGUUAUAUCUUAUUCUGAGUUUAUUGGCUGUUUGUAAAUUCGGAUUCAUUCAAAUUUAGAAGGUUCCUAUUAUCGAAUUACCCAAGUUCCUUAAAAUGCGUUGAACAGAUUGCUGUAAAAAUUAAUUAAUUCUGUUUUGCAGUAAUCAGAUUAUGGCGCUCAUGUGAACACACUCAAUGACUGACUACACUGACUGUUAAUACUUGGAAUAAGUUGAAUGUAUACACCAGAUCUGAAUUAUUG